AAAACUAUUACACCAAGGCACAUUAUGCUCGGCGUUCGCAAUGAUGCCGAAUUAAAUGAGCUUCUUAAGCAUGUUCACAUCAGCCAUGGUGGCGUACUCCCAUGUAUUCACCCAUCGCUGUUAAAGCGUAAGGGAACAUCAGGCGGUGCUUUGCCUAUUGGAUCUUCAGGCCCAACCGCCUCUUCUAGACAGGGCUCUUCCAACGCCGAGCCUCAGCAGCAGGCUGCUCGAGUUUUUAGCCAAUAA